AUGUCCGACACUAGCGUAGUCAAGACUGUAGGAUUCGAUGCUCGAUUCCCCAAUACCAACCAGACUCGUAACUGCUGGCAAAACUAUGUAGACUUCUUCAAAUGCGUGAAGGCAAAGGGUGAUGACUAUGCUCCAUGCCAGCAAUUCCGACAGGCAUAUAACUCAAUCUGUCCAACAAAAUGGGUCGAAAAGUGGGAUGAGCAACGUGAAGCCAACCAGUUCGCUGCACUAGCAGAGGACCAUCACGCCGAAGCUCACCACUAA